AUGAAGAACCAAAACGAGACAUUAACUGAUCAAUCGGAGAAAGACAAAACCCUAAAGAAACCAACCAAGAUUCUUCCAUGUCCAAGAUGCAACAGUAUGGAGACAAAAUUCUGUUACUACAACAACUACAACGUAAACCAACCUCGCCAUUUUUGCAAAGCUUGUCAGAGAUAUUGGACCUCUGGUGGUACCAUGAGAAGUGUUCCCAUAGGAGCCGGUCGACGCAAGAACAAGAGCAACUCAUCGUCUUCUGCACAUUACCACCACGUCACCAUCUCCGAAACAAACGGUCCGGUCUUUAGUUUCAACCUCGGAGAUGAUCAAAAGGUCUCGAGUAAUACGUUCGUGAAUCCGAAGCUAGUGGCUCGGACAGAGAACAAUGUUGAUAGCUCUAAUAACAAUAAAAUGAACGGUUUGGAUUGCUUUCCGGGAGUUUCUUGGCCGUACACGUGGAAUCCCGGUUUUUACCCGGUUUACCCAUAUUGGAACAUUCCAAUGUUGUUGUCUUCUUCGCCUAGUUCGAGUCCUAAUUACUCUCCAACAACUACUCUUGGUAAGCAUUCGAGAGACGAGGACGAGACGAUGCAGCGAAAACAGAGGAAUGGUAAUGUAUUGGUUCCAAAGACUUUGAGAAUUGAUGAUCCUAAUGAAGCUGCAAAGAGUUCUAUAUGGACAACACUUGGGAUCAAGAACGAAGUUAUGUUCAAUGGGUUUGAUUCCAAGAAAGAGGUUAAGAUUAACAAAGAAGAAUCAGAGACUUCUCUUGUUCUUUGUGCAAAUCCAGCUGCGUUAUCAAGAUCAGUCAAUUUUCAUGAGCAGAUGUGA